AUGGCCGUCGGAAAGAACAAGAGAUUGUCCAAGGGCAAGAAGGGCCUGAAGAAGAGAACCGACCCAUUCGCGCGCAAGGACUGGUACUCCGUCAAGGCCCCAUCGACAUUUGCUAUUCGCGAGUACGGCACCACCACCCGCUCCCAUGCACCUGCAGAGCAGGCGGCGGAGGAUAUCAGAGAUUCAAAGGUAUACUAAUUCGCUGCUGCAGUGUCGGCAAGACCCUGGUGAACCGUACCACCGGUCUGAAGAACGCAAACGAUGCCCUCAAGGGCCGCAUCUUCGAGGUCUCUCUCGCCGAUCUCCAGAAGGACGAGGACCACGCUUUCCGCAAGGUUAAGCUCCGAGUCGACGAGGUCCAGGGCAAGAACUGCCUGACCAACUUCCACGGGCUCGACUUCACCUCCGACAAGCUGCGCUCGCUCGUCCGCAAGUGGCAGACCCUCAUCGAGGCCAACGUUGUCGUCAAGACCACCGACGACUACCUCCUGCGCCUCUUCUGCAUUGCCUUCACCAAGCGACGACAAAACCAGAUCAAGAAGACCACCUACGCACGCUCCUCCCAGAUUAGGCAAAUCCGCAAGAAGAUGACGGACAUCAUGCAGCGUGAGGCUCAGGCAUGCACCCUCAGCCAACUCACACACAAGCUCAUCCCAGAGGUUAUUGGACGUGAAAUCGAGAAGAGCACCCAGGGCAUCUACCCUCUGCAGAACGUACGUUGAUGGGAUACUUUGAGAUUGGCAUAAGGUAUGGAGUACUGACAGGAUCGCAGGUCCACGUCCGCAAGGUCAAGCUCCUCAAGGCACCCAAGUUCGAUCUUGGUAACCUUCUCUCGCUUCACGGCGAAUCCACCACCGACGACUCCGGCCAGAAGGUCGAGAACCGUGAGUUCAAGGAGCAGAUCUUGGAGAAUGUCUAA